AUGGAUACUAUGGAUGAAGUUGGGUCUGAUCAUGAUGAUGUAUUAAAUAGUGAGAAUGAAAUAGAACAAAGAUUUGUUUUUCAACAUAUUGGCGAUGAAGAAUAUCUUUCAAGUAAUGAUAAUUAUUUAGAUGAUAUGAUAGCAAAUGAUCUUUCUGCUUCUGAUAAUAUAAUAGAUAAUGAGACAUUACCUAAUAAAAAUAAUCUUACAAAUAUAGUUGAUCAUUGUACUAUUGAAAUAAUACACAACAAUAGACAAACAAAAUGUAAUAAAAUUAUUGUUACAGGAUAUGGAUCUACUGGAAAUUUUUGGGAUCAUUUGGGUGCUAUUCAUGGAAUUACAAAAGAUAACAAUACAAAAUUUACUAAAUCAAAUCAACAAAAUAUUAAGUAUACAUUUCAAAAUCCUAUACAACAAAAAUUACAAAAUCAAACUUCUUAUAGUAGAGAUGGAUAUUUAGGUGUAAUAUGUUACUGGAUAAAUAAUGAAUUUAAACUUAAUAAAAUUGUUCUUGGAAUUUACCAAUGUAAAUAUCCUCAUACUGGAGAAACAAUUAAAGAUAUGUUGAAUAAUAUUAUGAAUAAAUAG